ACAACACUGAAGAAGAAAUGCGGAUGUGUAGAGGGAAUAAUUAUUCUAGUCAUUUUUGUUGUGUUGUUACGGAUGAACUUCGUCCUUCAAAGUGCUAAACGCCACCAUGCCUUAUCUGGGCGGGGAGGAGACGGUGAGGGAGCUGAGGAGAGCUCUGUCCAACCCCAACGUCCAGUCAGACCCGCUGCGGUACAGGAACACCAUCCUCAAAGUGAUCAGGACCAUGUCACAAGGGGUAGAUGUGUCUGGCCUGUUCAGUGAGAUGGUGAAAGCCUGUGCCACAGUAGAUGUAGUCCAAAAGAAAUUGGUUUAUGUCUUCCUGUGUUCCUACGCCACUUUAAACCCGGAGUUGUCCCUGCUGGUCAUCAACACUCUGAGGAAGGACUGCCAGGAUCCAAACCCAAUGGUUCGCAGUCUAGCCCUCAGGAACAUGACCAACCUCAGGUUACCCAGCCUGGUGGAGUAUGUGGAGCAGCCUCUAACAGCAGGACUGAGAGACAGAGCAGCCUGCGUACGACGUGUGGCUGUACUCGGCUGGGCCAAAUUGCACAACCUCCAACCUAGCUCUGAGAUAGAUGCAGCAGUGGUGAAUGAACUUUACAGCCUCCUGAGGGACCCGGACCCCGUGGUGAUGGUGAAUUGCCUCCGAGCUUUGGAGGAGAUCCUGAAGGAGGAGGGUGGUGUCACUAUUAACAAACCCAUUACCCACCACCUGCUCAACAGGCUUAAGGAGUGUGACAUUUGGGGUCAGUGUGAGGUGCUGAGAGUUCUUCAGCGCUACAGGCCCCAGUCAGAAGACGAGCUCUUUGACAUCCUGUCCCUGCUGGACUCAUUCCUUGUAAGCCCCCACCCCCCUGUCAUGGCUGCCACCCUUAGCCUCUUCCUGAGCGUCUCCUCCAACCUGCCCGCCAUCAGUCUGGCGGCCCUGGAACGAGUCAGUGGACCCCUGCUUGCAGCCUGUGGGAGUGGGUCCAGAGAGAUGAGGUUUGCUGCCGUCUGCCACAUACAGUUGUUGCUGCGCUCUGUCCCUGGCCUGCUGGGGACACACUACAAGCGUUUCUUCUGUGGCUAUGCUGAGCCUGCCUACAUCAAAGAAAGGAAGAUGCAGGUGCUGGUAGAGCUGGUGAAUGACGAGAACGUAGCAAUGAUACUGGAUGAGCUGAAAGGAUACUGCACUGAUGUCAACACUGACACUGCCCAGGCUGCAAUCUCAGCAAUAGGUCGUAUUGGACGCAGCUACAGCGACAGAUGUCUACAAAUCCUCACUGGGCUGCUUGGACUCAAACAGGAUCAUAUCACUUCUGCGGUGGUGCAGACAAUGCGUGACCUGGUCUGGGUGUGUCCCCAGUGUAGCGACACUGUGUGCCUUGCACUGGAAGGCUGCGAGGAAACACUGCAGGAUAUCCAGGACUUUCUGAAUGAAUCAACAAUUAAUGGAUCAGUCAAAAGCCCAGAUGCAUCUCUCAGGUCCUAUGUCUGGUCAGAUCUGCUGCACUUCUACGGCAGGCAGGCUUUGCUCUGGUUGCUGGGUGUGUAUGGGGAGCGAAUUUCCAGUGCCCCCUACACUUUGGAAGUGCUCAUCGAUAGAGUGAGAAGCGAGGCUUCUCUGGGAAUCAAGAUGGAGCUGCUGACAGCCACCAUGAGACUUUUCCUGUGUCGGCCUGCUGAGACACAAGACAUGCUGGGAAGACUGCUGCACUACUGCAUAGAGGAGGAGACAGACAUGUGCGUGCGUGAUCAGGCUCUUCUCUACUAUCGCCUGCUUCAUUGUGGGAUAGAAAAGACACGCGAGGUCCUUCAAGGUCGGAGGUCAGAUCCCUCUCUGGGUGUUCUGAUUGGGCGUCCCGCCAAGCCUGUCAGCCAGUGGGCACGCUGCUUUAACACGUUGGAGCCUCUGAGCCAGGGUGCUGUAGAGGCCGAGUCAAACAGCAGGGGAAGCCCCGAACACGUGACCUAUAGCCCCAAGCCAAAUGCCGACCUAUCAGACACACUGAGCUGUAGUCACAUUGAGGAGGUUCAUUCAGAAUCAGACAAUGCCAUGCGGUGUUCAGACUCCUCCACUAAUGUCCUGGCUUCCAGCAUCGCAGCCCCUCUCAGUUUGUCCCUCUCCCCAGCUGUCAGCCCAGAGGACUUUGAGCACCUGUGGCUGCAGCGACAGGAUUUGCAUACUGAACGCGGUGCUGAGAAAAUAGAGGAGGUUGACUGUGCGUGGAUAGAAGAAUGUGUCCGGUGUCCAGCAGUACUUCACUGUUCUCCCCAAAGCCUCCAAGCUGCCAUGCAGCUGGUCAAUAUCCAGACGCUGGCGUUCACGCCACAGCAUAUGCUGCCCUGGAGGGUCUACCUGUACACACACACCCAGCGCUCCCACUCCAUGGACGCACCCAACACUACGCUCAUACUGGGGGAGCUGCUAUGUACUGGAGAAGCCAAUCAGAAAGCAGGAGUAAAAAAAAGCACAGCUGACAGUGGAGCUGGAGCAGAGGGUAAAGAAGACCAACUGGUGAGAAAGGAAAUGGAUGCAACAGCUGACAGGCUGAGGGUGAGCGAAGACGGACAGGAAGAGGAGGAGGGAAUAAAAGUGAUUCUCAAUCAGCAACCAAAAGAUGAUGAUGCUCUGAGACAGUUUCUCACAAUCCUUAUCACUGUACUGAACACACUGUCCUCAAAGAAAGAUUAAAAAUAGACUUUUCCCCUUUGAUCUACAUCUUUCCAAAUUCAUUUAUUUGUCACACCGCCUGGGCCUAACAGCAUGUUGAAGGAGUAAACACAUUCAAAACUGGUCCAACUUUAUGAAGCAUUGUUAUUCUAAUAAAACAGGAAAGUACAAGCAACGGACAGUUACUACCCCCUUUUUAAGAGAAAACUACCAAAAAGUUGUAUGGUAAACUCUGAGGAUUUUUUUAAAGCCCAGUUCAGGCUAUGUUUGGCCUUAUGGCCACUAUUGUGGAUCAGUCCCAAUGCACCAAAAGCAGCUGAUAAAUACUGUUUACCUACAAACACACACAGUGAUGAUGUUAUCUUACCUACCCACGGUGUGCUGCUUUAUUAUUGUAGUUUAUUUGAUGCUAGAUUGUGUUUGAUAUGAUUUUUAAAAUGUUAGUUGACUGAUGAGCAAAUGCAAGAGAAAUAGAAAAUAAUUUAAAAAUGACCAAGAACUUAUAAAAUAAAGGAAA